AUGCUCGUGCUCAACCAGCUGCCUUCACCUUCCCUCGGCGGUAUGGCUCCCAUGAACGCCAUGUCUGGCCGUCCGGCAAUGUCGCCGGCUGACACGAUGGCCCGUUGCCGGUUCAGCUCAUCUCGGCCACGCUGGCCGAGGUGGAAGAAGGUCAACAUAUCGGUGGAAAACGCACGGAAGCGAGACCGCUCGCGGCAAUACCACGAUAAGAAGAAGGGCGUGCAGAUGGCCCAGUUCGUAGUGGGGGACUAUGUCCUCUACCAGGACGUAUGGGCGCACUUGCGCCAGAAGUUGCGGACCAAGUGGUGCGACCCGGCCGUCGUCACCGAGGUGACCAGCAACUGGGUGUACGACGUCGAGAACCUGCUGACUCACGACGUUCGCCCCGUCCACACCAGCCGCCUAAAAUUCUACGCGGACUGUGACUUGGACGUGACGUCCGAGCUGCUGGCCCACGUCGCCCAGAACUCAGGAGGCUUCGAGGUAGAGGCUAUGGUGGACGCACGGUACGUCCCCACGACCAACGUUUACGAGCUGUUAAUCAAGUGGCGCGGACUCGAAGACGCGGAGAACUCGUGGAAGCCCGCCAACAACAUCUUCGCCGAUUUACCCGUGAUGUUCAAGGCUUUCUGCAAGGCGGCCACGUCCGCCGUAAUCAAGAAGAUUGCCGUUGCUUACGAGGUUAAGUAA